GAGGAGGGGGGAGGUUUUUUUUUAUAUAUAUGUAGAUAUAUAUAUAUAUGGCAGUUUCUGUUUGAAGAAUCCACCGUCGUUUCCACAUGAGAUUCGUAAAUAUGGAGCUCAUCACUAUUUUAGAGAAAACCGUCUCCCCAGAUCGGAAUGAGCUGGAAGCAGCGCAGAAGUUUCUGGAACGGGCGGCUGUUGAGAAUCUGCCUACUUUCUUGGUGGAACUGUCAAAAGUGUUAGCAAACCCAGGAAACAGUCAAGUUGCCCGAGUUGCGUCUGGUCUACAGAUCAAGAACUCGCUGACAUCCAAGGACCUCGAUGUCAAGACACAAUACCAGCAGAGGUGGCUGGCCAUCGACAGUAAUGCUCGUCAGGAAAUCAAGAACUUUGUUUUGCAAACGCUGGGAACAGAGACCUACAGACCCAGCUCUGCAUCUCAGUGUGUUGCAGGAAUUGCAUGUGCAGAGAUCCCAGUCAUGCAAUGGCCUGAACUCAUUCCUCACUUGGUUGCAAAUGUAACAAACCCGAAUAGUACUGAACACAUGAAAGAGGCUACUUUGGAAGCUAUUGGUUACAUUUGCCAGGAUAUAGACCCUGAACAACUGCAGGACAAAUCAAAUGAAAUCUUGACCGCUAUUAUUCAGGGCAUGAGGAAGGAGGAGCCCAGCAACAAUGUAAAGUUAGCUGCAACAAAUGCACUCCUGAACUCCUUGGAAUUUACCAAAGCUAACUUUGACAAAGAGACUGAAAGGCACUUUAUUAUGCAAGUCGUCUGUGAAGCAACCCAAUGUCCAGAUACACGGGUUCGAGUUGCUGCCUUGCAAAACUUAGUGAAGGUUAUGUCCCUUUACUAUCAAUAUAUGGAGACAUACAUGGGACCUGCUCUUUUUGCUAUUACCAUUGAAGCUAUGAAGAGUGAUAUCGAUGAAGUGGCCCUGCAAGGAAUUGAGUUCUGGUCCAAUGUCUGCGAUGAGGAGAUGGACCUUGCUAUAGAAGCUACAGAGGCAGCAGAACAAGGAAGGCCUCCAGAGCACACAAGUAAAUUCUAUGCCAAAGGAGCACUACAGUACUUGGUGCCUAUCCUUACCCAGACACUGACUAAACAGGAUGAAAAUGAUGAUGACGAUGAUUGGAAUCCAUGCAAAGCUGCCGGCGUUUGUCUCAUGCUGCUGGCAACCUGUUGUGAGGAUGACAUUGUUCCACACAUACUUCCAUUUAUUAAGGAACAUAUCAAGAACACUGAUUGGCGGUACAGAGAUGCAGCUGUGAUGGCAUUUGGCUCUAUCCUGGAAGGACCUGAACCCAGUCAACUUAAACCACUAGUGAUACAGGCAAUGCCCACACUGAUCGACCUAAUGAAAGACCCAAGUGUGGUGGUACGAGAUACUACAGCCUGGACUGUGGGAAGGAUCUGUGAGUUGCUUCCUGAGGCUGCGAUCAAUAACCUGUACCUGGCCCCUCUGCUGCAGUGCCUCAUUGAAGGCCUGGGAGCUGAACCUCGAGUGGCUUCUAAUGUUUGCUGGGCAUUCUCCAGUUUAGCCGAAGCUGCGUAUGAAGCUGCAGAUGUGGUAGAAAAUCAGGAAGAGCCAGGAACCUAUUGCUUGUCAUCAUCAUUUGAGUUAAUAGUCCAGAAACUCCUGGAAACUACUGACAGGCCUGACGGUCACCAGAACAACUUGAGAAGUGCGGCGUAUGAGGCACUGAUGGAGAUAGUGAAGAACAGUGCCAAAGAUUGUUACCCAGCAGUGCAGAAGACAACCCUGGUUAUCAUGGAAAGGCUGCAGCAGGUGUUGCAGAUGGAGUCUCACAUUCAAAGUACAUCAGACAGAAUUCAAUACAACGACCUUCAGUCUCUCCUCUGCGCUACUUUACAGAAUGUUCUGCGGAAGGUCCAGCACCAGGAUGCGCUGCAGAUUUCAGAUGUAGUGAUGGCAUCGCUUCUUCGAAUGUUCCAAAGCACUGCCGGCUCUGGGGGGGUGCAGGAGGAUGCGCUAAUGGCCGUCAGCACUCUAGUCGAAGUGCUGGGCUCGGAGUUUUUGAAGUAUAUGGAUGCCUUCAAGCCAUACUUAGUAAUUGGUCUGAGGAAUUAUGCCGAGUAUCAGGUUUGUCUUGCUGCCGUGGGAUUAGUUGGUGACCUGUGCAGAGCUCUACAAUCUAAUAUGCUGCCUUUCUGUGAUGAAAUGAUGCAACUCUUACUGGAGAAUCUGGGGAAUGAAAAUGUUCACCGGUCCGUUAAACCACAGAUUCUGUCUGUUUUUGGAGAUAUUGCCCUUGCUAUAGCGGGAGAAUUUAAGAAGUACUUAGAUAUUGUACUGGAUACCCUUCAGCAGGCUUCACAAGCUCAAGUGGACAAAACAGAUUAUGAUAUGGUGGAUUACCUGAACGAACUAAGAGAAGGCUGUCUGGAAGCCUAUACUGGCAUUAUUCAGGGUCUGAAGGGUGAUCAAGAGAAUGUGCAUCCCGAUGUGAUGUUGGUGCAGCCAAGAGUCGAAUUCAUUCUCUCAUUUAUUGAUCACAUCGCAAGAGAUGAAGACCACACAGAUGGAGUUGUGGCAUGUGCCGCUGGACUGAUAGGUGAUUUGUGUACAGCAUUUGGGCGAGAUGUACUGAAGCUGGUUGAAGCCAGGCCUAUGAUUCAUGAACUGUUGACUGAAGGAAGACGAUCAAAAACGAGCAAAACUAAGACUUUGGCUACGUGGGCUACGAAAGAGCUUCGAAAACUGAAAAAUCAAGCUUGAUUUCUCACAGCAUUGGGAUGAGGAAAACACCUGAGACCCCACUGGAAUUCUCAAAUCUUUGGAACAGAAGUGAGGAGUGUGCUAGGAUGUUGAAUGUUUGAGAAUGUGAGAAUGAGUGAGUGAGGUUUGCAUCACACCAUCUGAUCCAGCAGUAUCUGGGAUUGAACGCUGAAACAAAAAAGGCCAAUGUAACCUGCACCAAGGAGAAGAUCGAUAUCCUCUUCUGUCAAACCGCGGGAGCGUUUAAGAAAAUUCAAAAGGAUUAUGACCAUUGCUGCUGGGAGGAAAAUUGGAUCCUCAGCCUGGCUAAUGUAAUCGUACCAUGUGGAAAUUCGUGCAUGAAUAUUGAGGUUGAGGUUCUGGUCAAGGAUGAGUGUGUGUGAGUGAGAAGGCAUACACUUUCUCUACUUCGGAUUCAUUACAAUUUACUUAAAUGGUUAGCAUUUGCAUUAAAGAAGAGUUGAAUCGACUGACGCAGCACAAAAGAAUUGAAUGCGAGUUGCUCUUAUUGGGAACACUGAUGAAUCCUCAGAGCUUCCUUGUGCGAAGCUUUCAGUUAGUCUUCAGCCUAGUUUAAAGAGAUGGUAUCCCAUUUUUAAAUAGCUUGCAUCGGCUGUAUUUUAAAUUGUCUGGUCCACACGAUAUGCCAUUUAACCUAUUCUGGAAAUACCAUACAGUUUUUCGACUAGGACGGAACAAAUUUUUAUAUAGACCUGCCUGCAAUGAAAAAUAAGAACUUAUUUUUUAGCAGUGUUACUGGCAUUUGCUUUGAGAAAAAAAAAAACCAACCCAGGUGUGUUAACAGUAAAGCUGGGGUAGAUAGAUAGAUUCAAUAAAUAAAUGGCGUGUUUAGGUUUAUUUUCAAUACCUCUAAAUUCAGCACAUGUAGGCUAACAAAGGGAUCAUGGUAGAGCAGACUUGGUGGCCAGUGGUAACAUUAAAAUGACAUAAGAAUGACCAAUACAGUUGCCGGCGGUCAAGGUGGCAACUGUAUACAAUCUUACAAUCAGCCACCGUGGCACCGCGUUUGCCUGCCAGAUAGUUGGUGUCCAUUCGGCCAUUAUUAGCUGAGGGAUUUGCCGCUUUCUUCACAUCAUGAAGGAUACUGUCUCUUUAAAAAAAAAAGCCUUUCUUCCCCUGUAAAGAGAAUAAAACUGUGAAAAGUGUAAAUGAUGCAGAGGGAUUUGAAAAGGUUCAUGGAAUCAAAAUGGAAAUGCAUCAUGCCCUAAUCUGCCGGAUAGCACUUUGGAACCCCCCCCCCGCCCCCUCC